GGGAGGCGGGGCCGGCCCGGCUAGAAUCGGAGAGCUGCGGCGGCGGCGGCGGCGGCGGCGGCAGAGGAGCCGGAGCCCAGGUCCAGGAGCCGCCGCGGCGGGAGCAUCGUCCGCAGCGCGAGGCCCCGCAGGCCCGGGCCGGGCAGCGCCGCCGGAGGCCGGGACGCAGCGCCAGCCGCGGCCGCGCCUCGAGAUCCUCCCCCCCACGGGCCGGGCACGGGGGCCAGAGCGCGUGCAGAGGGGCUGGACCGCCGGGCCCCCCGGCCCCCGGCCCCCAUGUGCGUCUGCUCCCGGAUGACCUCGGCCGACGGAGCCCCGGCCGCCCCGCCGCUGCUGCCCUGGAAGCCGGCCCCGCGGGCCCGGGGGCAGGGCCAGUGCCCGGCGGGCGGCCGCGGGCGCGUCCUGGCCACCGUGCUGGUGUGGCUGGUGGCGGGCACCGGCAUGUCCAGCCUCAACAAGUGGAUCUUCGCGGUGCACGGCUUCCGCUUCCCGCUGCUGCUCUCCUCCCUGCACAUGCUGACCGCCGCGCUCGUGGGCUACCCGCUGGCCGGGCGGCGCGCGCGCGGGCCUCUGCCGGCCCGGGCCAGGAGCAGGGUCCUCCUGCUCAGCCUGACCUUCUGCGCCACCAUGGCCUGCGGGAACCUGGGCCUCACCUACGUGCACCUGGACGUGGCCCAGAUGGUCUACACCACCACGCCCCUCUUCACCCUGGCGCUGUCCAAGGCGCUCCUGGGCAAGCGCCACCACCCGCUGCAGUACGCGGCCAUGGGGCCCAUCUGCCUGGGCGCUGCCUGCAGCAUCAUGGGCGAGAUGCACUUCCACCGCGCCGGCUGCUGCUUCCUCUUCGCGGCCACCUUCCUCCGGGGCCUCAAGUCCGUCCAGCAAAGUGUCCUGCUGCGCGAGGAGAGGCUGGACUCGGUGGCCCUGCUGUACCUGACAUCCCUGCCCAGCUUCUGCCUGCUGCUGGGAGCCGCGCUGGUGCUGGAACUGGGUGGCCCCGGCGCAGGCCCGGCCCCCACUGACCACGGCCUCUGGCUGCUGCUGCUGCUCAGCUGCCUGCUCUCCGUCCUCUACAACCUGGCCAGCUUCUCCCUGCUGGCGCUCACCUCGGCCCUGACUGUGCAUGUGCUGGGCAACUUCCACGUGGUGGGCAACCUGGCGCUGUCCUGGCUGCUGUUUGGGAGCCGCCUGAGCGGCCUCAGCUAUGUGGGCAUCGCCCUCACACUGCUGGGCAUGUUUCUGUACCACAACUGCCACUUGGUGGCCUCCUGGUGGGCCCUGGGCUGGGCGGGCCGGCCCGUGGGGGCCCCGUGAAGGGGUAGCCGCGCUCCUUGUGCCCGCAGGGGCCUGUGGGGGCCGUACUCCUUGUACCCACCGUGCCCGUCUGGAGGCCAUGCUCCUUGUGCCCGCUGGGGCCUGUGGGGGCCGUGGUCCUUGUGCCCGCCGUUCCCAUCUGGGGGCCGUGCUCCUUGUACCCACUGGGGCCUGUGGGGGCCGUGCUCCUUGUACCCACCGUGCCCGUCUGGAGGCCGUGCUCCUUGUGCCCGCUGGGGCCUGUGGGGGCCGUGCUCCUUGUGCCCAUGGGGGCCCCGUAAAGGGACGGUCCUGCUCCUCAUGCCUGCUGGGCCCGGCAGCUGGGUCCACCGCCAGCCUGGGAGAGGAGGAGCCCCUGGGACGUGGGGGAGACCCGGCCAAGAAGAGCCUUCUAGAAAAACCGCCUGGGGCGGGAUACCUGGCCCUUGGAGCGCUGUCCAUUCUAGGAUCUCGGGGUGACCAGGAGCUUGCCCACUCCCAUGAGGGGCAGCAGUGGGAUUAUUGCCCUCAUUUUGCCUCAGUUUCCUCUUCUGUUAAAAGAGCACGGCUCACUACCAGGGCUGCGCAGAGGAAGGCGACGCGGGUGAGCACUGCGAUUAGUGAUCAUUGCUGCUGCUGCCGCCAGCCCCCCAAUGUUCUGGUGAGGGUGAGGGGCGGGGGGAUUCCCCGUCUGUCCCCAGUCCGGCCGGUGCCCCCAGCCCAGCCCGGGCUGGCCAUGGGGCUGCUCCAGAGACACCGGGUCAGGCCGGGCUUAGAGGGCCCCCCCCCAUCUCUGCUGCCAAAGCCAGGGAGGGGAGGAAGGGGCCGUUUCCUGGGAGGUCGCUGGCUGGAGCCACCAUGCCCCCCCCAGGGCUAUGGCCUAGGCCGGGAUGACCCCCCCCCCCAGGCCGGGCUGUCUGGCCGGGGUCGGGACUUCCUUGGGCAGGUGCCCGUCCUGUGCCGGGCCUGGGGGCUGUGAAGGGGCUAUUUCCGUCCUCAAAUAAAGCACUGUUUGGUUCUC